CCCACCCCCACCCAUUGAUGACCUCCGCCGCCGCCGUAGAUGCACAGGCUUUCCCUCCUCCCCGCCGCCGCCGCAGCAUCCACCUUCAUUGACGCCGCCUCCAUCGCCACGGCGCCACUCUUGCUCCCGUCCUCCAUGCCCUCCCUCCGCCUCGGCUCCCCCGCCGCGCUCCUCGCCGCCCGCCGGGGCCCGCGCCCGCCGCCGUGGCUUCGCUGCGGCGGUGGGGGAGCGAGGAGGGGCAUGUUCUGCUCCGUCCAGCCCGCGAGGCGUGAGGACGGCGAGGCGGAGGAGGAGAAGCGAAUGGGAGCCGGAGCUCGCGCGGCGGCGGAGAGGAGGCUCAGGGGCGGGAAUGCCGUGCCGGGGAGCGGGGAGCUCCUCGCCAUUCCUGGAGUCGGGCCGCGCAACCUGAGGAAGCUCGUCGACAAUGGGUUCGAGGGCGUCGCACAUCUCAAGCAGCUCUACAGGGAUAAGUUCUUUGGAAAGUCUAGUGAGAAGAUGGUUGAGUUCUUACAGAGCUCGGUUGGCAUCAUACAUAAGAACCAUGCUGAGAGUAUAACUUCAUUCAUUAAAGAGAGUGUUGUUCAGGAGCUAGAGGAUACCAAUUCAUGUAAGCCUCCUCGCAAGAAGAGGCUAACCUUUUGUGUGGAAGGAAAUAUUAGUGUUGGGAAGAGCACCUUCCUCCAAAGAAUAGCUAAUGAGACUAUUGAACUGCGUGAUCUUGUAGAAAUAGUACCUGAACCUGUUGCAAAGUGGCAGGAUGUUGGCCCUGAUCACUUCAAUAUACUGGAUGCCUUCUAUGCUGAGCCCCAAAGAUAUGCUUACACGUUCCAGAACUAUGUGUUUGUGACAAGGGUUAUGCAAGAAAGGGAAUCUUCAGGUGGCAUAAAACCUCUCAGACUAAUGGAAAGAAGUGUUUUCAGUGACAGGAUGGUAUUUGUCCGUGCUGUUCAUGAAGCUAACUGGAUGAAUGAGAUGGAGAUCAGCAUUUAUGAUUCCUGGUUCGAUCCAGUGGUGUCAUCGCUCCCAGGUCUUAUUCCAGAUGGAUUUAUUUAUUUAAGAGCCAGCCCAGAUACUUGCCAUAAAAGGAUGAUGCUCCGGAAAAGAUCAGAGGAAGGUGGUGUUAGUCUUGACUACUUGCAAGGUUUGCAUGAGAAACAUGAGAGCUGGCUAUUUCCCUCGAAAGGAGGAGGCCGUGGUGUAUUGUCAGUUAGUCAGCUGCCCACACAUAUGGAGGGCUCUUUGCCUCCUGGAAUACGGGAUCGUGUUUUUUACUUGGAAGGAGAUCAUAUGCACUCUAGUAUCCAGAAGGUGCCUGCUCUGGUCUUGGAUUGUGAACCUGACAUUGAUUUCAACAAAGAUAUACAAGCGAAACGACAGUAUGCUCAGCAAGUUGCAGAGUUCUUUGAAUUCGUGAAUAGCAAAAAGGAAGAUCCAUCUGAGCAAACAAGCACUGAGAAGGACCGUAUGAAUCCAGAGAUCAUGUUUCCUAACAGAAGUGGUUUGUGGGUCCCUGAAGGUGUGCCACCUUUUGCAGGCUCAGCAAUGAAUCUGGAUUUCAGAAGAGCCAUGUCUUCAUAUCUCUCAACUUAAGAGCUAAGACGCUUCAAAAGUACUUGGGCCUGUUUGGUUAAAGAAGAAAGUCAUAAGCAUGCUAACUUCCCCCUACAGGCCUACUUAUGGCCAAGGAAAAAAGAGGACGAGUCUGGCACAUGGGCGAUGAGGCUAAGAAAGUGUGGCAAGCCGUAUUUGCAGUAGUGAACCAGACACAAGACACUCAACUCACUGACCUUGUAAAAAUCGCUGAUGCUUCUCUCUAGACCUAGCUUGCCAGAUGCUAGCGUAUGAUGUAGAAUAGUCUGUCUCCGUAUCUCCAUCUUUUGUAAAUUGGUGAUCAAGCUGGUAGUUUCACGUUUGUGGUAGCAUCAGCUCCUGUUCACAAGUAUCGUGAGGAGGAUGUUGGGUUGCUGGCUGCUAUCAUGUUGAAAAAAGAAGAAAAGAUUCAGAACUACGACGUUGUUAGCUAGAGAUGCUGUGUGUACUUGUGUGCUUUCUGUUUAUUAUCUGGAUGGUCGCCUGUUAGUCAUGCA